GUGAGUAAGAACUACGAUGAAGAAGUGGAGGAACCAUUUGGAACGUGCCACGCAGUCAGGGGUCAUCAGCACAUCGGCGGGGAAGGGCAGGGCGCAUCGUUCCUUUGUGCUCGUCCUAUCUAAAAUGGCAGACGUCUACUCGCAGGACAUGGUGGCCGUUCUGGACUCUAUGCGCAAGCAGCAGAUGCUGACCGACGCCACCUUAGUGUGUUCCGACGACGGGUCAAAGUUUCCCGUGCACCUGGCCCUGUUGCACGCGUCCUGUCCGCUCUUCCGGGAGCCUUCCAGUGCCCUGGCAAUCGACCCGGUAGACCCCAAACUGUAUACCGUGUACGGGAUGGACUGUGCAGUCAUGGCGGCCUUGCUCCAAUUUGUCUACACCAACACGGUGGCACUGGACAGCGCCAACGUUCUGGGCAUUCUACUAGCUGCGCAGAGGUUCCAGAUGGACCAGUUAGUCCAGAAAUGCCAAGAAUUUCUCUCGAAAGGCAUCGAUGUCAACAACUGCAUCCGUAUUCUAGAAUUUGGGAGAAAGCACAAGCAUUCUACAUUGGCCGACAUGGCGAUAACAUUCAUCUCCAGAAAUUUUCUUGAGGUCUGUAAAUUUAGCCCUGACUUCGACUGCAUCUCGUACGAGGACCUCAAGGUCCUCCUCAGUUCAGACGAGCUGAAUCUCGCCGACGAAGGGAAGGCCUUCAAGGCAGCCAUCCGAUGGACCGAGACAGACUUCCCGAACAGGCGACGUUACUUGCCAAGCCUACUGAGCGCCAUACGAUUCGGGCUGUGCAAAGUGUCGUUUCUGCAAGAGGAAGUUUUUUCUCAUCCACUGUUGGAUGAUGUUGACUGUCGUGCUGCCCUGGAGCCAGUCCACGGGCUCCUCGAUCAACUCGAGACGCCAGAGGGACAUCGUCUUAUCAACCUCGCACAUCCCAUGCUCAGGCCCAGAAUUCCAAGGGACGUGUUAUUCGUGAUCGGCGGAUGGAGCAAUGGAAGCGCCACCAACCUAGUCGAAUCUUACGACUGCCGAGCCAAUCGCUGGCUGGUAUUUACGAACGACCGUGACACGAUGCCGCGCGCCUACCAUGGUCUUGUCGCAUUGGACGGUCUCAUAUACAUGAUUGGAGGCUUUGAUGGUAGCCAGUGCUUCAACUGUGUCCGCUGUUUCAAUCCGUUACUGCACCGAUGGACGGAGCGCGCUUGCAUGCAUGUAGCACGAUGCUACGUGAGUGUCGCCGUCCUGAACGGCAAAAUCUACGCGCUGGGCGGGUAUGACGGUGACCGCCGCACCAACACAGCGGAGCGCUAUGAUCCCGUGCAGAACACCUGGACACUCAUCGCCGAGAUGAACGACCAGAGGUCUGAUGCCUGCGCCACGGUAGUGGAUGGAAAGGUUUACAUUGUCGGAGGAUUUACCGGACAGCAAGUACUGAACACGGCAGAAUUCUAUGACCCAGCCCUAAACGUUUGGACGUAUAUUCGUGCGAUGACUGUCCCACGGAGUGGCGUCCGCGUCAUCAACUAUCAAGACACAGUUUAUGUCCUCGGGGGUUUCAACGGCACGCAUCGUCUUUCCACGGGCGAAAAGUACGAUUUCCUCCGUGACCGAUGGCUAGAACUUCCUAACAUGCACACUCCCAGAAGCAACUUUGCCGUUGCAGUGCUGGAUGACCUGCUGUUUGCCAUAGGUGGCUUCAAUGGAACGACGACAGUGCCCUUCGUGGAAUGCUACGACGCCAAAACGAACAGCUGGAAAAGGGUGACCGACAUGAACAUCAACCGCAGCGCGCUUGGAGCCUGCGUAGCUGUCAACUUGCCCAAUUCCAGGGAGUUUUCUAUCGUUGGCCUGGAAAAGCGGAACGAAGACCGGAGAGUGGAAUGACGCCGGCAACACCCGCACGCAAUUCGUCAACACAUGGCGUUCGCUUUCAAGAAACCAAGGCUAGAAACACGCACUAGUGGCUCCUAACGGCCCGUACCCUUUCCUAUAGAUGACCAAUAAAAUUGCGCCCCUGUCUGCGCCAUAUACAAUAA